AUGAAGCAAUUAGAGAGAAAGGGUUAGAGAUGAUUGGAGAUUGUAUUAAACAUCCAGAGCUCAGGGGUUGUUGGGUUGAAAUAGCAAAAGAACUUGGAAAGAAUGAAAUCCAUGUAAAAGAUACUUGGAGACUAAUCAAGCCCAAAAAUUUGAAAAGAGGGCAUUGGUCUCAGGAUGAGUACCAAAACUUAUUUGAUUUGGUAAAUUUGGACUUGCGUGUGAAAGCCCAUCAAAACUUCGAUCCUGGUCACCGUCGG